ACACGUGCUCACGGCCCGCCACGGCGCCUGCGCGGUAGGAGCCUUGUGUCGGUGCCCUUAGGACGCCUCGCACGCUUGGUUCCCGCUGUCCGCGCGAGCCGGUUUGUGCCCAGUGUCCUGUGCACACGCCUUGCAAGCGACGGCGCCAUGAGUCUGACUUCCAGUUCCAACGUACGAGCCCACUCCAUGCUGGGAAUACACAACUCUUCCUCUGAGGCUGAGGCUAACCAGAUUAUGCUGAACUUGCUUCUCUCCAACAUUGCCUGGAGCUGGGGUAGCAGUUAAACACUUGGGUUUCUAAAGGCUGCCUUAAAAAGCUACACGAAAAGAAUAGAUGGCUUUUGAAUGGAUUGCAGCAGUUACCAUUGCUGCUGGAACAGCUGCAAUCGGUUAUCUAGCUUAUAAAAGAUUUUAUGUUAAAGAUCAUCGCAAUAAAGCAAUGGUAAACCUUCACAUCCAGAAAGACAACCCCAAGGUAGUACAUGCUUUUGACAUGGAGGAUUUGGGAGACAAAGCUGUGUACUGCCGUUGUUGGAGAUCCAAAAAGUUCCCAUUCUGUGAUGGGGCUCACACAAAACACAAUGAAGAGACUGGAGACAACGUGGGACCUCUGAUCAUCAAGAAAAAAGAAACUUAAAUGGACAGUUUUGAUGCUGCAAACCAACUUGUCAUGAUGUUACCCGAUUGUUUAAUUAGAAUGACUACCACUUCUGUUUAAUUCACCUCCCCCGGGUUCUAGAUGUGGUAUAUUGCAAACUAGAGCUUUCAUAUUCAUGGCAUUUGCCUUACUUGUUGAAACAUUGUGGUGCACAUCUGUUUAAACAAAAAAAGAAGGAAAAAGUAAAAACCAACCUCAUGGCCUGUGGGUUAUUUUGGUCUUGUAAGGAUCCGUUUCUUAAGAUAUUGACAUUAGAAUAUAGUUGUAUCUUGAAGUUAACAUAUUAAAUUAUUCUGAAAAUCACAUAUUUGCAGAUUGUACUUGUAAGUUCCAAAGAAAAAUUAUCACCUUUUCAUAUUCAUUAACCUAGACAGUAAAUGGGUGUGAUUCAGCUACAUUAAUUUCAUAAUACAAUCUAGAAAAAAAACCUGUUAUGACCUUGAUUUUCUUCUUGACAUUUGUAACAACACUGAAAUAAUAUGGUUUCUGUGUUUUCACAAUUUUCAAUCAAAAUAAGCUAUGAAUAUUAUUCUGCUUAAUUAUGAGUAAUCAUAAGUCAGCCAGGUUAGUAAUAAAGGGGUGAUAACUUCUUUGUAUUCAUCUUCAUGGAUAUUUAAUUGAUCCAUUAAAGAAACCAAUGUGGAAAUUUAGAUCAAAGUGAUAUUAGAUUUAAAAUAGUCCUGAAGAAUAUCUUAAAAUGUAUUGUUCCAGAAUUCUAGCCCAAGGAGUGGCAAGCACUUGAACUGAGGACUUUGAAGGAAUUGGAGCACAUGAUGUCAAGGCUUUUGAUCACAAAGCCACAUAUCCAUGACAGAAAUAGUAAUCACGAGGCUAGAUCAAAGGCAUAGGAAGAUUUCUUUUUCCCCACUCUGGAUAAUGAAGUGCAUGGCUUUUAAAUUGUAUGAUCUUUUUCUUAAAAGCAAAAAUUUGAAGACAAGUGUUUGUUUAUGUGAUAUUCUUCAAAGACUCAGACCAGAAACAUUGCAUUCAUUACUAAUUCAGAAAAAA